AUGGAUGUUAACAUUGCUCUUGGACUGCUUGCUACACUGGUUGUUCUUACUUCACAGCCAUAUAAUACAGAAGGUAGAAAUAUUAUUUGCCGCAAAGAUCUGCACAAACUUCAGAAGCGCUCAGGUGAGGGUGUUGUUCUUAUAGAAGAUUAUGAAGUCACACCAAAGGAUGAGGAGCGAGGCACUGACUGUGUGGAAUAUGAGGCAGCUGGCCUUUCUCCCACCCCUGCUUCACAAACAACCACGAUGAAUAAAGUACCAUACACGGUUACGCCAAUCGGAACCUCCAAAAAGCCUUCCAAAAUCCACUGCAGGAUGGACUAUGGUAAACCUGUGAAGCUGGAUCCACCCAUGAGGAAUCUGCCCACACUUCCCAGUUCUAAAGGGAAUGGAGUGGUCUCUGGUCCGUAUGCAGGGAGAGUGAAUGGUUUUGUUAACACCCAACCUAGGGUAGUGUGUGGGAAAGUGCAAAUUCAAAUGAGAAGUGUCCCUAAAGGAUUGAAGUAUCACGCUAAAGGCAACCGGGGAAAGCAAGAUAAUAAAGGACCAGAGGCAGUUAAGCCAAAAGUGGGCAGGCCUGUGAUGUCUAUUAGGGUGUCCAGCAGUGGAAGCUCCUCUUUGUACAACUUUGUACAACUUUCUCUACAAGUUGCUUAUCAGAGAAUGUUAGCUGCUCAGAAGCCCAGGGGAAGUUCAGCAUCUUCUCGCUGUGUUUAAGGCGCAGGGCAGAGUAUUAGUCUAAUGUUCUUCUCCAAGUCAAUAUAUGCUAAUUAAAAUGUUCAUGUCAAUAGCCAACUGUCUCCUUUCAGCAAGCUAAAUGUGGGCUCCAUAUAAUUUAGCUGAUAAAUCCUAUCCACCUUAUUCUUCAACGCUUCAUUAGCCACUAUAGGGAAAUAACAAGAAGAAUAACAACAUGCAGUAAAC